CAUUAAUACCACACACACAGCUCUUCCCUGGAGCCCCGUGCAGAGGGUGUCUCUUUCCUGGGACUAGACAAGGACUGAGCCAGAGGAGGAGAGGCAGAGCCAUGAACAUCGUCUUGGACAUCCUCCUGCUUGUGGUCAUCAUCAUCUACUCCUACUUGGAGUCCUUGGUGAAGUUUUUCAUUCCUCGAAGAAGAAAAUCUGUGGCUGGGGAGAUUGUUCUCAUUACCGGAGCUGGGCAUGGAAUAGGCAGGCUGACUGCCUAUGAAUUUGCAAAAAGGAAAAGCAGACUGGUUCUAUGGGAUAUUAAUAAGCAUGGUGUUGAGGAAACUGCAGCUCAAUGCCGAAAACUUGGGGUCACCGUGCAUGCGUCUGUGGUGGACUGCAGUAACAGAGAAGAGAUUUACAGUUCCAUAAACCAGGUAAAGAAAGAAGUAGGUGAUAUAACCAUCGUGGUGAAUAAUGCUGGGGCAAUAUAUCCAGCCGAUCUUCUUAGUACCAAGGACGAAGAGAUUACCAAAACGUUCGAAGUCAACAUCCUAGGACAUUUUUGGAUCACAAAAGCACUUCUUCCAUCAAUGAUGAAGAGAAACCAUGGCCACAUCGUCACAGUGGCAUCAGUGUGUGGCCAUGGAGUGAUUCCUUAUCUCAUUCCUUAUUGUUCCAGCAAAUUUGCUGCUGUUGGCUUUCACAGAGCUCUGACAUCAGAACUUGAAACCUUGGGAAAAACUGGAAUCAAAACAUCAUGUCUCUGUCCAGUUUUUGUGAAUACGGGCUUCACCAAAAACCCAAGCACGAGAUUAUGGCCUGUUUUGGAGACAGAUGUAGUUGCAAGAAGUCUAAUAGAUGGAGUACUUACCAAUAAGAAAAUGAUUUUUGUCCCAUCAUAUAUCAAUAUCUCACUAAUUCUGGAAAAGUUUCUUCCUGAACGUGUCUUGGCAGCUAUCAGUCGUAUACAGAACAUUCAAUUUGAAGCAGUGGUUGGCCACAAAAUGAAAACAAAAUGAAGUGUGCUACAGACGUGCACACGAUAAUGAUGUGAAGCUACGUUUAGAAGCUAAGGGCUUCAAAGCUUUCAUUCACCUUUUUUCAGCACUGUCAAUUCUUAAAGCACCAGUUUGGCACUAGUAGCAAUCAAAUAAGCAAGAUUAAAUUCUUGUCUUUUUAUUUCUCAAAACUGGAGAUUUAUGAGAAAUAAAUUUAUAUCAUUUAUACAUAA